AUUCAAAUAUUACCAAAAAUAUUUUUCUUUUUGAAAAUUGUUCUAUGUUAUGCUUUACCAUGUUACGAUUUUCUAGUACGUCAUUUUAUGGUGUAACAUCGUGUAACAACGUGACCUUCCACAUUUGAGAAGCCUAUCCGUUGACACGUGAAAACAACUUCCACCAAGGCGCAAAUGUUAUUUUGGAUAAUUUAAUGAAGAGAAAGAACAGCCUUUGAAGCACCAUUUGUUUUGGUAACAUUAUUUUAGUUUUAAACCAAAAGACUGUUUCCUUGUUGCACUUUUGAAGAAACAGCGGCUGUAUUUGUGUUAACGAUGCUUCGGCGACUAACUAGCAUAGGUUGUAAUGCAUUAUGCAAAAGUAAUUAUUUUGUGACAUCCAAGAGGCAAGUAACUCGUUUCGUAGCGAUCAACACCAUCAGUUUUCACCCAGUUCGCAACCUUGGUACAGAUGAAGCUACGGGGAAAGAUCAUGUCAAAAUUAAAGACCCUUCAGUGGAAAUGGAAGAAUUAGAUCUGGACAAAUGGAAGUCUGUAAUGAGGUCUCAAGCCAUAUUCCAGGAGCAACAAGUCAGCGAUCAAGGGGAAGUAAGUGAUGAUGAUGAUGAUGAUGGUGGUGGUGGUGAAAACCCAAAAGAAACAGGGGGUGGUUUAAAAGACAGCUCUUCACUGGAGGCAACUCGUGAACUGGUUUCUAUGUGGAGGCAAGCUGGCAAGCUUGUACCUCAAGAGAUGACUGAGGAGGAAGUGCGGAUACUGGCAGAGCUCACCACUAAGUCAUCUAGAAAGAAGUACCUGAAGUACCUGGCUAUCAAGGAGGGCCACAAACUGAGCCGAAAGCUUAAGCAACACCGAAAGAGGGCUGAGAAGGAAGCCUCAAUAAUGGAGCAGAGAGGAUCUGACAGUAACGCUGAGGAAGGGGACAAUCAGAAAGAAUUAACAUGUAAAAACACAUUAUUUCUCCAGUUUUGGGAUCGUUCCCUGGACAAGCUGCUGAAUUGGAGAGCUGCUCAGAGCAUGUUGUUUGGUCAACCACUUGUAUUUGACAUGAGCUAUGAGUCCAACAUGUCCAGACGGGAGAUUGAAAACACAGUGUCUCAGCUGCUGGAGGUGGAAGGCUGUAACCGACGUGCCACUGAGCCCUUUCAUCUCCACUUUUGCAACCUGCAGCCAGAUGGGUCCUACCUGCAGGAGCUAAUCAAACGAUACAGCACAGAGACCUGGGACCGUCUCCUAAUCACCAGCACUGAGCGCCAUCAUGUUGAUCUUUUUCCAAGAGAACAGCUGGUAUAUCUAACUGCAGACUCCCCCAAUGUUCUCCGCACCUUUGACCAUUCCAAGGUCUACAUAAUCGGUGCGCUGGUGGACCGGUCUGUCCAGUCAGGCUUGUCACUGGCUAAUGCCAAGCGCCUAAAGCUGGCUACAGCCCGCCUUCCGCUGGAUCAAUUUCUUCACUGGGAUAUGGGAGCCAAAAAUCUGACCCUGGAUCAGAUGAUGCGCAUCAUGCUCACCAUCAAGGAUACUGGAAAAUGGGAGGAAGCGUUGAAGUUUGUGCCUAAGAGGAAACAUGGUGGUUUCUAUCAACAACAGACACAAACAAAGGUAACCAAUAACAGAGCCAGAAGUCUGACAAAUCAUGGAUUAAAACAGGAUGUUGACAGGCCAUUGAGGUUUGACGUAAGAAACAAUUGGAGUGCAUUUCAGAGCCAGAGUCAUCACAGGCCCAAUAAAGAGUUUGGCUCAAGUGGUAAGGAUAGAAUAGCUGGACCCAGGAGUGUGAGAGAAAACACACCUGCUGCAACCAAGACACGGACAUCAUUUAAAAGUGACAUGGAAGGAAGAAAAAAGGGCAAGCAAACAUAAGAUGUAGUGGCAUGAUGAGUAAUGUUAACAACCAUCUGCUUAGUAAGGAUGUAUAUGUUUGUAAAUAUUUACUGAGUAAAGUGAAAAAUGAAAUGUUUUGUUCGAGUUCUGAUAUGGUGACACAAAUGAUAAAAACAAGCUUUAUUAAAAAGGAGAAACAAC